AUGCAAGAUCUACGCGAAGCAAACUCGACAAGCCGACCCUCAGAAUUAGAAACCGGACAGUUGAGGGAUUUUCAGCCACGUGAAGAAAAUUUCCAGAGGCAGUUAAGAGAUGUGCAGCAACGCGAAGAGAAUUUACGAAGACAGUUCAGAGAGCUUCAGGAGCGGGAACAGAGCGCUCAAAGGCAGCUGACGGAGUCGCGGCAACGUGAACAAAAUUUGCAGCGGCAACUCAGAGAACUUCAGGAACGGGAACAAAGCUCUCAAAGGCAGCUGACGGAGUCGCAGCAACGUGAACAAAAUUUGCAGCGGCAACUCAGAGAGCUUCAGGAACGGGGACAAAGCUCUCAAAGGCAGCUGACGGAGUCGCGGCAGCGGGAACAAAAUUUGCAGCGGCAACUAAGAGAGGUUCAAGAACAGGAGCAAAAUUCUCAAAGGCAGCUAACGGAGUUUCAGCAACGUGAAGAAAAUUCUCAGAGACAGUUGAGAAAUUGCCAAGAACAAGUUUCUGAACUACAGUUAAGUCUUUCAACAGCUCAGCUAACAAUAAAUGAAUUUCGCAGCCAGGAAACACGUGACUGGGUUAUUCCCCGCGACGAAAUCCAAAUCACAGAGAAAUGCCUAGGGAGGGGAGGAUGGGGAAGUGUCAAUGAGGGAACGUAUUGUGGCUGUACUGUAGCAGUAAAGCAAAUUCAUGAUCUGAUUCUCUCCCCUCAUAACAUACAUCUUUUUGAGAGAGAAAUGAAUAUUGCAUCCAAGUGCCGCCAUCCACACUUGCUACAGUUUAUCGGCGCGACGAAAGAUGAGGGAACUCCGCUAUUUGUCACCGAGCUAAUGGAGAAAAGUCUGCGGACGCUGUUGGAACAGCGACAACUCUCCGAAACGGAAAUCGCCGUCAUUUCCCUGGAUGUUGCUCUUGCGCUGAACUACCUUCAUCAGAGGAAGCCAGAAUCCAUUAUUCAUCGUGACGUCAGUAGUGCUAAUGUGUUGCUAUGGCGACAAGGUGACCAAUGGAGAGGCAGAUUACGGCACUGCUAA